AUGGCAUCUGGGCCACAUAUGACUGGAGACCUGGGGUACGUGCCCUGGGCACAGGCUCCACAGCGGAGGAUACAGGAGUUGCAGGAUACCAAGCAGCAGCAGCAGCCGGUGCAGGAGCUCGAGGGUAAUUCAGAGCACCAGGUUCAUGAGCUGCCGGCUAAUCAUCGGUGA